UAGUUUGUCAAUAAUAAACAGUUAUAAACUUUCACUUACUAGAAGCCUUGCUGCUGGCAUUUUUCUUAAUUAAAAUUUAUGUGUUAAUACCCACGGAGCAACAAGAAUUCCAUUGGAAUGCGUUGCACCUUAGGCAUAUUACCAAUAGCAUAACAUAACAGGUCAGUUUGUACUUCUUUCUAGGGGUCACAAUCUUCCGAGACCUUCCGCAUUCCGGUCAAGUUAUUUAUUUAAAUUUUUAAAAGUAUCACGAUGCCAGAUAGUGUAGAAACAAGUCUACUUAAGGUGCUUAAUGGGGAAGCACUAGUGGGCGAAGAAGCAGAAAUUUGCGAUUUUACAUUAGAAGACCAAAAUGAAGCUCUGGAGUCGCAAGGAAUACAACCUAGGAUUGACCCCAAUUAUAAGCCAAUCGUUGGGGAAACUAUUAACUAUAUUGUUGCUUGUGUCAUUUUGAAUGAACAUGGUGAUGUCUUAAUGAUGCAAGAAGCAAAACAGAGCUGUGCUGGGAAAUGGUACCUACCUGCAGGCAGAAUGGAAAAAGGUGAAACAAUUGUUGAGGCAUGUAAACGAGAGGUUCUUGAGGAAACUGGUUUAGAAAUUGAAUGCACCACAUUAAUUAUGGUUGAAUGUGCUGGGGGAAUGUGGAUUAGAUUUAUUCUUACUGGAAAACAAAUUGGGGGCACACUAAAAACACCGGCACAAGCAGACAAGGAAUCACUUCAAGCCAAAUGGGUUUCUAACAUGGAUGAACUGACUUUAAGGGCAACUGAUAUAUUAGAGCUUAUUGAAAGAACUAGAGCCUAUGCCCAUGCCCGUAAAAUAAAAGAUCCCACCUGGCACCUUGAUCAGCUACCCUCACUAAGAGCGUACCCUCAAAUAUUCUUAAGAGUUGUAAUAGUAAUUAAGAAAAAAGCAACUAACAGAACUCAUAUUUUGUUAAGUGAGAGGACAUCUUGGCAUCUACCCUGCUGUCAAAUCAAUCCUGGAAAAAGUUUCCAUUCCACAUUGAGGAAGUUUAUGGUUGAUUUGUUUGGUGCUGAAGUGCCGGUGCAUAAACCCCACGGCUUAUUAUCUGUGGAACAUGAUCCUCGUAACGGUCAAGAUGGUGCAUGCUUAACACUCUUAGUAUCUUUUAAAUCACCAUUAGAAGAGGUGCCAAUUAUAGGAAAAUGUGUUUGGCAUGAAGUUUCAAAAGACUUGGGAGACAAAUUAAUACAAAGGGUUGUAAACCGAAAUGCUACAUUCCCAAUCCGUGUGAUUAAAUAAAUCAUUUUAUUGAUCUACAAGGCCCUUAGAACCUUGCUAGUUGUGACUGACGAUAUUUGACGUAUUAACCCCUUUUAAAGCAAUGUCAUAAUUUCCAGGGUUUUUGCUAAAUAUGUUUAUUUAUUGUAUAUUAACUUGUUGAUUAUAAUAUGAAAAUUUUAUUUAAUUGUGUAUUAUCCUAUAUAAAGCAUUUAUUAUUGUUUAGAUUCGUCUUUAUUGCUAGUUGAUUGUAACACGUUGCUAUUUUAAAUAGAUUACUUUUUAUAAA